AUGCACUUCAAGCUACUCUUGUUGGGGGAUUCAGGCGUGGGCAAGACCAGCCUGCUGCAGCGCUUCAUGGGCGGACGCUUCACGGCCAACUACCACAGCUCCGUGGGCGUGGAGUUGGGGAUACACUACAUUGAGGUGGCCGGCGAGGUUGUGCAGCUGCUCAUCUGGGAUGCCUCCGGGGAGAAGCGCUUCCGUCCGCUGCUGCCCUCCUACUACCGGGAGGUGCACGGCAUUCUGUUGGUCUACGACGCCACAAAUCCAUCCAGCUUCAAGAGCUUGCCAGGCUGGCUGGACGAGAUCGAAACGUUCGGCAAGCAGGACGUGAGCAUUGUCCUCGUGGGCAACAAGUGCGAAGACCUGGAGAGCCGCAAGAUCAGCCAAUUGGAGGGAAUAACCUUUGCCGACGGCAAGGGACUCGCCUUCUGUGAGGCCUCCGCCAGAAGCGGCGUCAAUGUUGACCAAAUCUUUGCCACUCUGUCGCUGAAGAUAUACGAAAUCUACAAGGCCAAAUGCUCUAACACCUACACGGUUUACCUGAAGCCAGACCCGGAGCAGGUCCUCCAGGACACUGGCAGUAUCCGCCUGGCUGGUUCGGCGGGCCCAAAGAACACCAACAACGGCGGUUGCUGUUGGUGA